AUGAUGGAUAUUACCAAUGACAGUUUUCAAAGCCAUUUCACUCUUUUGGGAUUUUCGGACCGUCCCCAUUUGGAGAAAAUCCUUUUUGUGGUCAUCUUGAUUGCCUAUCUCCUGACCCUUGUGGGGAACACAGUCAUUAUUUUGGUGUCUCGCCUGGACCCUCACCUCCAUACUCCCAUGUACUUCUUUCUCACCCACCUCUCCUUCCUGGACCUCAGUUUUACCACCAGCUCCAUUCCUCAGUUGCUCUACAACCUUCACGGAUUUGACAAGACCAUCAGCUACGCUGGCUGUGCCAUCCAACUCUUUCUGUUCCUGGGCCUGGGCGGUGUCGAGUGCCUGCUCCUGGCUGUCAUGGCAUACGAUCGCUUUGUUGCAGUCUGCAAGCCCCUGCACUACAUGGUGAUCAUGAAUCCACGUCUCUGCCUAGGCUUGGUCUUGGUAGCCUGGGGUUGUGGAAUAGCCAACUCCUUGGCCAUGUCUCCAGUGACCUUGCAGUUACCCCGCUGUGGGCACCACCAUGUAGACCACUUCCUGUGUGAGAUGCCAGCCUUGAUUCGGAUGGCCUGUGUCAACACGGCGGCCAUAGAAGGCACGGUGUUUGUCCUGGCGGUGGGCAUUGUGCUUUCACCCUUGAUUUUUAUCCUGGUCUCCUAUGGCCACAUUGUGAAGGCUGUGUUACAGAUUCGGUCAGCUUCAGGGAGGCAAAAAGUCUUUAACACGUGUGGCUCUCACCUCACCGUGGUCUCACUUUUCUAUGGCAACAUUAUUUACAUGUACAUGCAACCAGGAAACAGCUCCUCCCAGGACCAGGGCAAGUUUCUCACUCUCUUCUACAACAUUGUCACUCCACUCCUGAACCCCCUGAUCUAUACCCUCAGAAACAAAGAGGUGAAGGGGGCAUUAAGGAGACUCCUCUUAGGAAACAGAAAGGUAGGAAAGGAAUAA